UAUAAAAGCGGGGCAGGCGGCGGCUCCCAGGUUCAGACUUGCUGCCCCCGGUCUCGGAACAAACUCCUCGUCUGCACCGGCCUGGGCGCUCCUGGCGGACCCAGCGUGACGCUCCGCCGCUUGCUUCGCGGGGAAGGCGCCGGCCAGUGAGCCCAGCCGCAGCCUCCAGCCCAGCCUGACAGCGGAGGGGGAACCACUCACCUGUUGCGGCGCUACCAGCCCGCGGAGCCCGAGCCCCUGGAACUCCUGUGCAGCCCCUGCCCGCUCCCCGAUGAGCGCCGCCGCGCUGUACAGCCUGGACUCCCCGGCAUGCUACAGGAACUGGUCCCUGGAGCCGGCCAACUUCUACGACACUAAGGCGGGCGGCGGCGGGCUGAGCCCCUCCUGCAAGCCCGGGAGCGGCGGCAUGAGCGCCGAGGAGCAGGACGGCGGCGGCGGCAGCAGCACCCUGGCCGAGCUGAGCGCCGCCGCUCCGGCCAUGUACGAGGACGAGAGCGCCAUCGACUUCAGCUCCUACAUCGACUCCAUGUCGGCGGUGCCCAACCUGGAGCUGUGCAACGACGAGCUCUUCGCCGACCUCUUCAACAGCAACCACAAGGCGGAGCGGGGCGGCGACUACGGCGAGUACCUACCGCCGGCGGGCCGCGACCCCGCCAAGGACUUCGGCGGCGCCCUGCUGGGUGGCGAGCCCCGGCCGGGCUCCUCCUCCGCCCCGCGGGCCGCCCUGAAGCGGGAGCCGGACUGGAGCGACAGGGACCUCGCCUCCUCGCUGCUGCCCUCGCAGGUCGCCACCUGCGCCCAGACAAUCAUGAACCUGAGCGGGCAGCCCACGCCGCCCACCUCGCCCGAGCCCGCGGGCAGCAGCUCGCCGUCCAGCUGCAGCACCAGGUCCCCCUCGUCGUCCUCCUCCUGCGGGCAGGGGCAGCCGGCGGGCAAGGAGCGGAGCGGCAAGAAGUGGGUGGACAGGUUCAGCCCCGAGUACCGGCAGCGCCGGGAGCGCAACAACAUCGCCGUGCGCAAGAGCCGCGACAAGGCAAAGCGCCGCAACCAGGAGAUGCAGCAGAAGCUGCUGGAGCUGUCGGCCGAGAACGAGAAGCUGCACAAGAAGAUCGAGCAGCUGAGCCGGGACUUGACCAGCCUCAGGCACUUCUUCAAGCAGCUGCCUGGCGCCUCCUUCCUGCAGCCCGGCUCGGGCACCGACUGCCGGUAACCCUGUGGGCAGGGACUCGAGGGACUGUGACUGCCUUAUCCUACCAAUACCUCAGAGACCUACACGGAGCAGCCGGCGCUGCAGAGCCAGGACUGGCCUACCUGCGGCGGGGCCGGUGCCUCAGCACUGCGGAGGGGCCGCUGCUGCUGCUCAGCUCCCGUCGGCUCCCUAAGCGGCCUUAAGGGAGAGAGGAAGAGACAACAGUGAAAUUGUGCUGGGUUUCAGUUUCUUUUGAAUGUUGUAGCAAGAUUGGGCUCGGCCUGGGUCUUUAACCGCCAAACUUGCAAAAAAAAUUAUAGAGAGAGAGAGAAAGGGAAAAAAGCUAAACUUUUGUGGUUUUCCCCUUAAAUUAUUUUUGUAACAGUCGUUUUUGUUCUUUUUCUACAUUUUAUUCAUCUUGAUGCAGCUAUGGUACAUUUGUAAAAAUGAUUCAAAAACCCUUUAUACUGUAGAUAGUAGGAGGAAAAAGACUGAGCAUGCUCAACCUUUUAUAUCCAUUUUUACAGCAUUUCUAAGAAUAAAAGAGCAUUUUUAAUCAC